AUGGGUAACAAUUAUAACAAGGAAGUGAAGGAGCUUUGCUUGCAGGAAGGAAAUAAUAGAUGUGUUGAUUGCUCGGCGCCUAGUCCACCUUGGGCGUCUGUGACGCACGGGGUGUUUAUAUGUUUUGAUUGUGCAAGCAUCCAUCGAUCGCUUGGUGUGGAGAUGAGCUUUGUGAAGAGUGUGAAUCUGGACGGAUGGGACAGGAGGGAGUAUCUGUGUAUGAAGAAUGGAACGAAUGAGAAGUUUAAGAAGUAUGUUGAGAGGCAUAAGCUUGUAGGAAAGGAUGUGAGAGAGGUAUAUGGCAGCAAUGCAGUUAGGAAGUAUGCUAGUGAGAUCAAGGAAUCUGUUGCACAGGAGAUGGGGCAUUCGAUGAUGCAUAAGCCUGAUGGUGGAAAGACUAGGAGCGAUGAAGGAAAGAAGGAAGUAAUGGCGUCUAGAAAGGCAUCAGAUCCGAUCUACAAGGUUAGGGCUGGAGAAGAUGGGCCUGGAGAUAACAGUAGCACAGGCUCGCUUCAGGAGUCAAUUACAUCGUCAUUGAGUACGAUGGGAAAUGUGAUUUUUUCAGGAGCAAGGACGAUAAAAAACAAAACAGUGGAGCAUGGAAGCCUCGUAAUGAUGUCUAUGAAGAACAUAAUCAAGGACAACUCGUCAUCGCUUGCAUCAAUGUUCAAGACAACAGAAUCGACACAGAAGAUCUUGCCCAAGGAGCCUAAGAAGCAGAAUACAUAUGAGCAACUAAGCAAAUGGGAUUGA